AUGUCUGAACGGGAUGUGAUUUCUUGGAAUAGUCUCCUUUCUGGGUAUGUUAGAUUGGGGCAGAUGACAAGGGCAAGAGCUCUGUUUGAAGAAAUUCCUAACAAGACUAUUGUGUCUUGGACAGAUGGUUUCAGGGCAUACGAGAAUCGGGUGCUACCUGGAUGCUUUGGAUAUUUUCCGGCGAAUGGAAAUACUGGGUUUGGCAGUUGUUUGACUGCAGGGCUGGCGAAUAACGGGAAAGCUCGCAAAGCGGUUGAACUGUGUUCAAGAGAUGCAAAGAGCAAGGGCUCUUCACAGAAAAAAGAAGAUGCCGAUGAAUCCGGGCUCAAAAGUUUGGGUUCGUUGUUAAGUUCCUACACGGCUCACUGCAAUCUCGAGAUUGCCAUUACCGCGAGGGAGCGCCUUUCGGAGCUUGAACCAGAGGAUGCAGGGAACUAUGUGUUAAUUUCCAAUAUCCAUGCAGACCUGGGGAAGUGGGAGGAUGUGUCGAGGAUGAGGAAACUCAUAAGAAGCAAGCGCACGAAGAGAACCCCGGGUUGCAGUUCAAUCGAGGUUAACAACGUGGUUAUGGAAUUUGUAGCAUGCGACGAUUUAAAACCAUUCGUAAAAGACAUUUUCCAUGCUAGAGCUGCUCGUUUCUGA